GUCGAUUAUCACAUUCUAAUAAUCGACUGUUGCUCAGCUUUGUUACAAAAAUCUGCAGAACGAUGAAUAAUCGAUUUUCAAGUUGAUAAUCGAUUAUCCAUCGUCUUCUACCUCGAGCCAACUUGCGGAAAUGUCACUUUUACUCACCAAACUUCAAUUAAAGGUAAAAUCGGUGUGCCUCUUACUCUUNAAAGCCGAUGCAAUCUAUGAAUCCAUUGGAGUCUCCAACGUCACCAUCGACGGGCUAAGAGGUAACCUUAAAACCUAUGAAUCUACUAUUCUAACCCCGUCUUUGGAUGAACAAAAGAAAAAGGGGAUAGCUCUCAAAGCCACCAAGGAACCGGUGGAAGAGGCUUCAAGCGAUGACGACAAUGAAUUCGGGCUCGUCAUCAAGAAGUUCCAUAAGUUCAUGAAGAAGGAAUUUGAGCGGAAGGGAAGGAAGCACGACGGUCCUCCCAAGUGCUACGGCUGUGGCGAGAUUGGCCACAUCAAGCCAAGGUGUCCAAACGCCAAACACGACAAGGAUAAGCCUGGCUUCAAGAAGCAAAGGGCCUACAUCUCUUGGGGUGGCGAUUCCGGUGACGAAUCAACCGACCAAGAGGAGGACGAAGCUGCAAAUCUCUGCCUCAUGUCGCACGAAGAUCAAAGCGACGACGUCCAAAAGCAGCAUUCUAUGAGAAAAAGGCCACCUGUGAUGAGGUUGCCACUGUCCAAAUCACAGGAAUUAGUCUUGAUUUCAGCAGCACGUAAAAUUCAGUCCAUUGCAGAACCCGUUCUUCUUCUUCUUCGAUUGAACGCCGCCACAGGACCCUCUUCUUCUUCGAUCAGGGUCGCGGCUAACCCUCCUCUCAAUUUCCGAUUCAGCAACGCCUGCGACAGACUACGAAGGCGCAGUGACUCAAUUCAUGGCGACGGUCAGCGAGUUUCCUUCGUCGAUUCAACAACAGCAAUCGCCUGAGGAGGCGGUGCUCUGGCGACGGUGAGAGAACUCCGGCGAAGCGCAUCGGCAAUCGGCGACUUCCCUCCGGCGAUGUCCAGUCAGCCACUACCAUCUAUUUCGGCGAACCAUCCCAGACAUCAUGCGGUUCACCUCUGCUCUGGCGACUGAACCAACGGCGAGAAUUGAGCCAGCGAAAUCCGGCGAGGAAUCUGGUGGCGAGCCUCUGCUCCGACGAGAAAAGCAGCGGCGGCGUCUAAACGGCAGACCAGUCUAGAACAGAUCAAAUUUCUGACAGUCAUUGUUGAUAAAAUUCACGUGCAGGUGUUCAUCAAAGCCCAGAAGUCAAGGGCUUACUUCUAGCGCUUUCCGGUCAAGUUCAAGAGAAGAUGAGAGGGAAAGACAGAUUACAAAGCUAGGAUUUGGCUGAUCAAUCAGGACAAGAACAAAUAUAUCACCCCGAAAUACCGCCUUGUUGUUCGAUUUGUAUGUGCUACAACUUUUUGGUUUAUUUACCUACUGUAACUUUUUUCAGUUUGUGGUGUUCAUCUUGAGUCUUUUCAAUUUUCAAUUAUUACAUGCGCAAGAAUGAUGUAAUGGAGGAUAUAUUUGGUGUGUUGAUAAUGUUGGUGAAUCAAUUAGCUGCAGAUGGAUUCUAUUGUAAUUAUACAAUGGAAUUUCGCAGGCUACAAAGAGCACACUUGAUGGGAUAAUCGACACAGUUUCUGCAGUUCAUCCUCUUACGCCACUACUAAGCUUAUUGAAGAUCAAUGGUAAGCUUGUAUUUGUUGGUCUCCCGAAGAAACCCCUUGACUUGUUGGCGUUUCCCUUGAUCAUGGGAUGUAAUAUUAGCCACACUUCCAUUCACGUGUUGUACAUAUCUCUGCUCCACCUUGGCAUUGAUCUAAAAUGAACUAAAUGACAUUAAUUUCAUGUUUUGAUUGUGGAUCGCAGGCAGAAAAUUGGUUGCACUAAGUGGCAUCGCUGGAAUAAAUUAAAGGAGACUCAAGCCAACAUAACAUCACGCCCGAUGUUGAGAUUGUGCCGAUGGACUGUCAACACCGCCAUGGAACGCCUAGCCAAAGCCGACGUGAAAUACAGAUUCGUAUUGGAUUUUUCCACAGAGGAAUAGGAUGGAUUGAAAAGGCAGGCAUGUAGAAUAUGCAAAUUGUAAGGAAGAUGAUGUAAAUAUUAAAUUAUUAGAUGUUAA